AUGAGAGAUGCGAGAGGGUUGAGGUUGAGAAAGGGAGGAAUUUAGAGGACAUGACUUAUGGGGAGAGGGCGAGUGCUGGUUUAUAGGGGUCUGGAAUUGUUACGGUACAGGUUGGGGCGAAGAUUCCCUCAUGUCCGAGGGAGAGGACGCUUCCCGCUCUUUGGGAUUCAAAUUUUGGGGUGGUGAAGGUCGUGGGUUGUGUGCCUGAUCCGGUGGGUAAGAGGACGUACAAUGUGCUGGGAUUGGGAUGCAUAAGCUUCUCGCAGACGAAUAGGUGGUAGGUUAGUUCAUACCUGUCUCGAUGGAUUCGUCGCCACUCACGAAGCAGCUUCGGCGGAGUCCACUUCAGAGUCGGGCUCUUGCGAGCGGAGAUAAAAUGCCCCCGGUUACACCUGACACGCGAAACGAUGUGAAUACAGCAAGGGGAAGGGUUUCUCAAAAUUCAGAUCCGGAUAGUAUGAGCAGAGGGAAAGAGAAUCGGGUGCUCAGGGGCGGGUGCAGUGUGAAGAGGCUUACAGGCAGUCCAGCUCUACGAAAGUAUGAUGCAUUGGACGAAUCCACCCAGAGUUUGUCGCUAUCCAUUGAUGGUGAGAGCCAUGUGCAAUCGGAUGCUUGUACACGAGCUCACUCCUCAUACAAUCGGAAGGACAAAUCCUUGGGUCUUCUUUGUGAAAACUUCUUGAAUCUGUAUGGGACCGAGGAAGGAGAGUGCAUUAGUCUCGAUGAAGCUGCGAGUCGUUUAGGUGUCGAGAGGAGGCGUAUUUAUGACAUUGUGAAUGUUCUCGAAAGUAUAGAGAUUCUCAUUCGGAAAGCUAAGAACCGUUACACAUGGCAUGGAUGCACUAGGCUGCCUAAAGCCCUUCAAGCGUUGAAGGAUUCAGCUUUACGUGAUUACGGAUUAGGGGAGUUCGCCAAUACUUCGAGUCCUGAAGAAAGGAUGCCCGCAGCUGUGACAAAUGAUUGUGAUUCUGAUGACGACGAAGAACGGAAAAAUUUGCCUUCACAAGGAUCAGAGGGACGUGCUUCGGUUCAAUCCCAGCAAAGUGAAGCCCCUAAAGCAAAAACAGACUGCCGGCGCGAGAAGUCGCUGGGACUCUUGAGCCAGAAAUUUGUGCAGCUUUUUCUGGUUUCCCAGUCUCAAGUUGUCUCUCUCGAAGACGCAGCCCGGUUACUGCUUGGCGAUUGCAAAGAUGCCUCCAAACUCAAGACUAAAGUGAGGCGGUUAUACGAUAUUGCAAACAUUCUUUCGUCGCUGCAGCUUAUCGAGAAGACACACAUGGCAGAGAACCGCAAACCUGCAUUUAAAUGGCUGGGCACGAAGGAUGACCUUGUUGGCCCAGCUACUCGAUUGAGGAUAUCAGGAACUCAAUUCCAGAGCCAACAUUCGAGCCAAAGUCCAGCUUGUAGCUCGCUUUCAGUAGAAAAAACUAAAAGAGGUCUCAAACGAGCUUGUAUGAAUGCUCCGAGUGUGGAGGCCACUCCAUCAAAACGAGCUGCCUUGAAGCCUUUGCAGCCAAGGGACCCAAACCUUAUGACCCCUUACACAAGAGAUGUUAUAAACAAACCCGUGCCACUUUAUCCUCGUGCAUCUCAAAUUGACUCUCCUGUCUCUGACCAUAGAACAUUAAGCUUAGCAGCCUCGCUGCACGAUGCAGCCGAGUCUCCAACUGCACGUGGGACGCCAGUUGGAUCAACUGGAGGUUGGAGAGAAUGGGGUGACAUCGUUCAAACCCAAGUAGUUCCCAUCACGCCCCCAUGGUCUGCGCAGUGUUGUGACCAAGCUGGGUCUUCGAAUGCAGCUUGCCCCACUGGCAGAAGUUCACCUAUUUGUACCCCAAGCGUAACCAGCUUGACCCCAGGCACACCUAAAAUGACGCCUACGAGUGGGAGAAGCUGUUGUACAUGUCAAUCCCGGGGAUCUCUUGAUAAUUUCUUUCCAUUCAGGUCUCCCGGUGCUUUAUUUAACCCUUUUUUCCCCCCUCCUCCCUUUCCAAUGCACCCUCAGAUUGCCGCUGCUGCUGGAUUUCCUUCCCCACCACCAGGAGUCGGUCCAGAGCAAUAUCUGGGACGGGAUCCGGCUCCUGUGCAGGAAUGUGCACAGCAUAGAUCAGGCAACGGAGUUGCAGCUGCCGCUGCCAUGCAAUACCAAAAUGAAACUCUAGGACACAUGUUUGCACAUUACGUUGAGGCCUGGAAGUCGUGGUACCUACAAGCGGCUUCGAUGUCAAACCCGUCGUGCUUCGAAUCUCCUCUUCCUGGUCCUCGUUCUAGUACACCGCAGAGCCCUUUACAAGAAGGACCGUGAAAAGCUACACCAGAGGUUUCAGGACGUGCAGAGUGCUUGAAUCUGGCUGAAAGCCUUAGUUUUCAGGAUUGAAGCUGUAGCAGAAAUUUUGACACGUGAUUGCCUAUUGCAGUCAUUGGAGAAUAUAAGCAGUACAUUGGAAAUUUGCGUCAGAUAGGUUACCCAUCCCUUGGUGAGAGCUGUAACAGAAGUGUCAAUAUAUCAUUCUUUCCUCCAUCUGUCUUGGUUAAGAGCGUCUCUGUCUCGAACAAGGCACAAGACCCUGUGCCCCCUUUGGAUGGGGUGUUCAUCCUGUACAAUUGUUAGUUACCGUCUUGUUGAUAUCUGACAUAGGUUUUCACAACUCCA